AUGUUUCAUAAGAGAAGUAGCCUGGGAGGCAGAAAAGUCUCUCCUCCUCAACCAACAUGUAUGACCGCUGAGCAAAAAUCUACCUACCUCGAUAAUCUGCGAAAUAAUCGGCCAGGAAGGCCUACUGGCUCACGGCCUCCACCAUUCCCUACGAGAAAUCAUGCCUCCUCAACCGCUCGGGUAUCUUUAACUCGGUCCGACUCAGCCCCAACCAUUUCCUCAUCCACAGACGAAGCUCAACAGAACGAGUCUCGGAGUGAGGAUGUAGCGGCAACCCUCCCCAAAUCAGUCUCUUUCUCUUCCACUUGUUCUGUAAAGGGUCGACCAUUGGCUCAACCUCCUACCAGCGAUCGCCCCGUUCUCCGUGGAAGAAAGGUGUCUCCCACGGCAACUGUUCAAAUUCCACGGCCUUUGGAUGACGCAGUCUAUUAUGAGUCAGCUAGUCGGAGAUUGGAAAAAGAGGAGGCCCACAAUCUUCGAGAGGCGUUAGAGCUGAUUGACCACAAGGACGAGGAAAGGAGAAUCUACGAGGCGGCCCAGAGUGAAGCCGCCGAUUUAGUAUGGAAGCAUCGGAAUACCAAAGCGGCGGAAGACGAGAAGACCGCCGCAUAUCGAAACCCUGACCUCAAGCUCAAGGAGAAGACACAAAGCGGUGAACGACGCCAAGUCAGCGGCUCGCGGAAGGUGUCUUUCCCAACUUCCGAGAGCAAAAUUUAUGAAGAACCGGGGCAAACGGAAGGCGUGUCGCCGCCAUCUGUCGAAGCCUCUGGUACCGGAAUGCCUUUAAGGGUCAAGUCUGGCAACACGCUGCCAUGGUUGAGAAAGAAGACCUUUGACAAGCCUGAAACCGAUCCCAUUCCGGACCGAACCAAAUUUGACCGAUUCGAAAUUCACAGAAAUCCGCCUACGCAAUCACGAAAUGCUGAAUAUACGGCCAAUAACCCUCCCAGUGUCCCGACCAUCGAUGUCAUUGAAGAAGUUGACACGCCAAAGUCGUCUUCUGGCACGUUGGAAAUCCGAAGCGAGGAAAUUCGAGCGGCCACAAGUAUGAGGAGGAAAGAUCGAAGCCCGAAUCUUCCUACACCCACCGCUGUGAGUGAUCAACUGGGUCGGCCCAUUGUGAGCUUCAAUCCAUCAUGGAGACCUCCGAGCGACUCACCGAGAGCAAGUCCGGAUAUCGACAGGCCGACGAUGAAGUUGACAGAGUCAUCUCCGAUGGCCAAAUCUGAAGAGAAACCAUUGCCCAGAUUAACAUCCACGGAGUCGGACGUCGCAGUCUCUGCCCCUACCAUUCCCACAGUAAACAAUCAGCAGGAAAAGCCAUCUGCCAGGCCACCUCCAGCGAUUCCAGAAAUGACCGUGUCUGCUCCGGCCGUGCCAGCGAUACAUUUUCCAGAGAGCGGCCCGGAGAUUCCGUCAACUAGUCUCCAGCCAGACGACACCAAAGAACAUGCCAGACCACUGCCCAACCAUUCGGCGACAGAACCUCUCAAGGGGGCCGCACCCCACAAAACACCGUCCAAUCGUCUGCCAUGGCUCCAUCGACACUCCAUGCCAACAGUCUCCUGUUCAAGUUGUGCUCUUCCCAUUUCCGGUCGCAUAGUUACCGCCUCUGGCUCCAACACAAGCAGUCUCAAAGCCCGCUUCCAUCCUGAAUGCUUCACAUGCCAUCACUGCUCAUCCCCAUUGGAAUGCGUCUCCUUCUACCCAGAACCUGAAGAAAAACGUCUCGCACGGGUGGAGAGCUUAGGAAUUGAGCCAGGCUCUCCAGAGGCGGCCAAUGAUCCCCUGCGAUUUUAUUGCCACCUGGACUUCCACGAAUUCUUCUCCCCCCGCUGCCGCUCCUGCAAAACCCCAAUCGAAGGCGAGGUCAUCGUGGCAGCCGGCGCGGAAUGGCACGUGGGACAUUUCUUCUGCGCCGAAUGUGGUGACCCGUUCGACAGCACGACUCCAUUUGUCGAACAUGACAACUAUGCCUACUGCGUCUCUUGCCACACGAAACGCACCUCGGCGCGAUGCAGGGAAUGCAAGCAACAAAUUCUGGACGAAUUGACCGUCGAGGCCCUUGGAGGUAAGUAUCAUGAACACUGUUUCGUGUGCUUCGAGUGCGGCGGUGGCUUCGGUGAAGAAGGAAGGUUCUUCAUCCGCGACGUCGACGUCAAGCCUACCGAGAAGGAGAUGAGGAAAGGCAUUUUGCGAAAGGUCGAAGAGAAGGCUGUUUGUGGACCAUGUGAGGAGAGGAGGCUGAAGGCGUAA